AUGGGGAAGAUUGGUUGCACCAUAGAUGGCAACUUAGAUGACUCAAAAUUCAGCGAUCCGAUGCCAUGGAUUGGUAUCUAUGUAGCAGCAGCUUCUGCAGCUUGUGCACUGGGGAUGGCAAUGGAUUCCCUUCAUGGCCUGCGUCAUAGAAAAUACUGGUUUCCUUGUAACUUCUUCUCUCUCAAUGCUACAACCAUGACGCUCCUAGCUGUUGCCACUAAAUUGUCUGUAGAUCUAAAUACCUCCAUGCCUCGUCGACAAGAUCAGUUGACAAAACUUAGCAGUACUGCUCUAAUCUGUACAGUAAUUGCUAAUUUUAUGCCUUCUUUAGGUCUCAUGGAGAAUAAAGAGCUGUUGAUGAACAUAAUCGCUUUGGGGAUUUUCGUCGUCACGGCAAUCGUGAACAUUGGCAUACAAUUAGCUACUGGUGUAAUCUAUGUCUUAUGCAAAGAGCAUAUAACCCUCAUGUUUCUUAUGCUUGUAUUGCUUCUGCUAUUGAUCUCCUCAGCCAUGACAAUACCAACUACAAAGCGUUAUUUGGACCUGAAUUAUAACAGUAAGUAUAAGUUAGCAAACAAAGAAUGCAACAUCACUGAUACAUGCACAGAUGAGAAACUUAAGGACGAGCUGAUGAAAUUUUGGACCAUGGCCUAUACCUCUUGCCCCCACUUUGUGGGGGCGCGCUUAGCGACAUGCACUGCUUCUGGAGUUUUUUGCCUUCUGAGCACAGUAAUUUAUGUUGAAGCCAUGCUUAGGUCUUACUUUCUCCAUAACAGCUUCAACUUUUGUAGUGGAGAAUCUGAAUACAAGUGGUCCACAACCUUGAUCCUUGUAAUUCAAACAGUGGCAAUAGGAGUAGGAACUAUUGCACCAGCUUUUAGAUGGUUCAUGGCCAUAAAUUUCCGCUGCCCCAAAAAAGCAAAUAAUGCCUGCAAACCAAAGUUUAAAGUGGAGAACUAUUGGAUCCGCAUCCUGCUUCAGUGGAAAGAAUGCCCAUUGGAUUUCAGAUAUUGUGGCCGACAUGGUAGAAAAGUUGCUCAUAAAACAAAGAACAAGCUUCUCGAUUUCUGUAUUUGGAUGCAAAUUAUGAUGGUGUCACUUAGUAAGCUAGUCCGGCUCAUUUCCAUUUUCUCUGUGAGUUGGUCACUGAUAAGCUGCCGGAAAGCAAUUAAGAUGCUGAAAUGCGACAGUAUGGUGUCGAGUCUUGAUACAGAGUUAGAGUCCCAAGCCAGUUCAAAACCAGAUCUUAAACACUAUGCUUUACACCUUGAAGGAGAGGAAGCAUUAAUUGACUUGAUGAUGCAAAGCAACCGUGAUGUGGUAGGUCAUUGGAUCAGGAUGGGGAAAAAGAAGCAGCCUAAACAUCUUCUACGACUUCUGGAGAAACUGAAAUCAUCACCUGGAUUCAGAGGAGUGGAUGAAUUUGACAGUGCCCAAAUUCCUUCACUAGACUCAGAAGAUCCUCCUAAUUGCUGUGCUCUUCCUGUAGUGACACUGACAAGCAUCGCAAUUGCACUUCCAGAUGUUGACUUCCAUUCAAUCAAGGAACUAAUUAGGUGUGUGCAUGAAGGUCUCAUGUACAUCAAAUUAGUGGAGGAUAACCUGGAUGGAAGAAAAGAACUAGCAAACGUCAGGCGGGCAGCAGAAUUAGUGUGGUUAGAAGUUGAUCUAUGUUACAAGUGGCUGGACGUGGAUCUCCGCAAGAUGGCCACUGAAGGACAAUAUCCAAAAGAUGUGCUUGAAGGACUCUCUGAGAAAGCAAAACAGAGAUUCAUUGAAUUCAAAAAGAAAAAUUUGACUGUUUGUCCAAAGGAAUCACCUUCAAAAUGGCCUACCAAUAUGUUGGCGGCCAACUGUAUGUACAAAGUCUGUCAAAAUCUUUUGGUAAGUUCUGAUAGCAAAGAGUUUGAGAACAGCAAAAUCAUGUUCGACAGAUUGUCAACCAUGAUCGCAGAUAUAACAGGUGCUUGUCUUGCCAACCUACAAAGAGUUAUAUCCAUGCAAUGCCACAAUGGCACCAUCGAAGAGAGAGCAAAAGGGAUCCGCUCUGCCAUCUUACUUCUGGGAAAAACAGAAAAUAUUCUGGAAAUUCUUCGUUCAGAGCCACUUCCAAGCUUAGUACCAGAUCAAUUGGCAAAAAUUGAUCAUAGGUGUACACUUAGCAAAGAGGUAGAAUACGUCUCCUGCAGUAGUAGUUCACCCUCAAAUUGUACUCCAACCUCCGAAAGUUCAUACGACUUGUAUCUAACAGUAGAUUGAGAAGCAAAUGCCUGUAAGUGAAAGAAAAAGAAAGACAGGUUAAGUUCUGUUUCAAUAAUAUCAUAUUUGUUUCUUUUUUAACUUGUUUUAAUAAGAUGCAACGAAAUCAUAUUUGUUUCACAUCAAGUCUCCAGCUUGUUCCCUAAACAGCAACUCCAUU